AUGGGAUUGCUUCUAGUGAUUUUUCUUGCUGUUUUGACUUUCUUCGUGGCAAUGCCAUUCUACUAUGAACACCCCAAAGCAAAAAUCCCUCAUGGAUUUAGUCAGCGCCGAAAGCUUUACAUUUUUCAUUAUGCCGUGAACUUUGGGUUUGGCCUCGCAAAAGUUUUGGAAAAAGUAGGUAUCACUUCAGAGGUGGGUUUCCUCAGGGCUGCCAUGGAUGGAAUACCACCAUUAAGAGAUAAACAACUUUUUGUCAGGGACUUAAGGUUUGAAAAGGUUGAAGUAAGAAUUUACCAGCCAAAAUCAUCAACUACUGGCCAAAGAAGAGGAGUCCUGUAUUUUCAUGGAGGAGUUGGACUGUUUGGAAGUAUUAGGGCCUAUGAUAGAACAUGCCGCUAUUUUGCCCGACAAAGCAAUUCGGUGGUGGUAUCUGUUGGGUAUCGCUUAGCUCCUGAGCAUCCAUAUCCAACACAGUUUGAGGAUUGCCUUGCUGCCACCAUCCACUUCAUGAGGACUGCACAAGACUACGGAGUAGACCCUUCUCGCAUUAUUAUCUGUGGAGAUAGUAGUGGAGGUACAAUCACUGCUGCUGUGGCCCAAGCACUGGUCAACAGACAAGACCUCCCAAAGCUGAGAGCGCAAAUCCUAAUAUAUCCCUUUCUCCAGGGUUUGGACUUUGAUUUGCCUUCUUAUCAGCAGAAUGAGGGGGUGCCCAUUUUGUUAAAGGAACGAGCCCUUUCUCUUGGUUUGAAGUAUCUUAAUAUAGAAUUGCCUUCCACAAAACCAGUAUUUAAAGGCAACCAUGUUCCAGAAGAUUUGCUACUGAAGUAUCAGAAAUGGGUGAGUUCUGACAUCAUCCCUCCUGAGUUUAAAAGAAGAGGCUACACACCGCGUACAACAUAUUCAUUCUCAGACGAAACCUAUGCGCUGGUCAAGCCUAUUUUUGACACUGUUUUUUCACCACUGCUAGCUGAAGAUAGUGUUGUUGCUCAGCUUCCUGAGGCUUUCAUUUUGACCUGUGAAUAUGAUGUGCUUAGAGACGAUGGACUGCUCUACAAGAAGCGAUUAGAGGAUCACGGUAUAAAAGUGACCUGGUGCCAUUUGCAAGAGGGAUUCCAUGGCACAAUACUAUUAGCUGUUUGUGGUGCACUUUUGGCAUUCCAGUCUGGAAAUAAAGGCCUGGAAAAUAUAGUACAUUUUCUAAGAUUGAUGUAA